AUGGCAGGCGACCUUGUGGCUGGGAUGCUCUAUAACUUAUUACUACCGCUUCUCCUGCUGACUGCCUCUUCAUUCCGCUACAAUGGUCUGUCAGUGGUCUACUUUGUGUUCUUGCUUGCCGUGCCGCUGCUGCCCAACCCGAGCCUGGUCACCCUCAAAGGUAAUACAGGCCACUUCCUGCGGAUGAUCAUCUACACUAGUGUGACUUUCCUGAGCCUCCAAUGCUUCAUGCAGAUUCCCUUCGCCUACAUACCCCCAUCAGUAAGUGGCAUCUGGGAAGAUUUCCUCUACCACCUGGGCAUUGUAAGAUUCAGUUCGGUUGACGCUGGAAAUGUUGUCCGUCUCCUGGCCCCAGAUGUGGGCCUGAUAUUAUCUAUUAUGUUCCUACUGAACGUUUGCAAAAAAGUCCUACGCGCCGCGCCGCAAGUCAGCCUCCACGAAAAUGGAAUCCUGCACUCAAAUACUGAAGAUACAGAAACCUCUGAGACAGAAUCGGAGGAAGAAAGUGACACGGAGGAGGGGUCAUCUUUUGACAGCUCAGAGCAGACUACUGUACCGGUUCAGUCAGCUCCACCGCAGUUUGUCCAGAAGCUGAUGAUGUUCGCUGCCGGACUCAGGGUGCUGCUGUCAGCAAUCAUGAACACUGCAGGGAAAGUUGUGGUAACCCUACUGCUGGGACUAGCAGGUAUUACCCUGCCCUCCCUCACCUCGGGAGUGUAUUUUGGGGUGUUUCUAGGGCUGGUAUGGUGGUGGAUAUUCAGUCGUUCCAUCAGCAUGUUACUCUUCAGUUCCCUGUGUGUGCUGAUGGCCAUCUUCAGUGGUGGACACCUGCUGGUUCUGUACAUAUAUCAGUUGCCUCUGUCCCAGCAGCUUAUACCACCAGAUGACAUUUAUCCCAGGUUGUUUGGUAUGACAGGAGUGAUCAGAACCAGCAUUUCAAACCCUCACAGUCUUGAUCUGCACCCUCAUGUUUCCUGGCCGGACUUUGUCAACCCUCUCGUUCUUCUGCUGCUCUACUACACGCUGGUGGCUCUGCUGCACAAAUGGGUCCACAUCAGAGAGGAGGUGUGUCAGACUGAAAUUUCUGAUGGUGACAAAUCUGAGAGUCAUUUGGAAAGUCCAGAAGGUCCUCCAAGCUUCUCUCGGGUCAUCUACAUCUCAGGGGAUAAGCAGGAGCUUUUGAGCAGCACAGAUGAUGAUACCUAUCUGCCUGAUGACUCAAUGAUAUUGAUGACUGGAAGUUCCUGGCAAACUAUCCACAGCAACAGCCAUGGAUGUCAGUUAGUGGAGCCAAGUUACACAAACGGUUACCCUCCACCACAUUAUGAAAGCAAAGACUCCUUUUCACAUGCCACAGAAAGCGAGGGAGAAAUCGGGGAAAAGAGUGAAGAGUUCUCAAAGACUCUGACAGACACCUCACCUCCACCCUCAGGACCGAGUGGUCUGGUCGUCUUUGGGAGGCUGUUGCAAAAACACAGCUACAUUAGCGCUCUUAUCACCAUGAUGGUGUGGAGCAUCACCUACAACAAUUGGCUGACUUUCGCCUUGCUUGUAUGGUCCUGUAUCAUUUGGAUGAUGCGUGACCGGCGGCGUUAUGCCAUGAUGUCUGCCCCGUUCCUCGCCCUCUACGGCACCGUCCUGGUGGUGCUGGGCUUCCUGAGCGGGCUGCGUCUCAGCCGGACUGAGCUGUACCCUGGACUGCCCCCCACGGUCAUAGUGGACUUUGACCUGAACAGUUACCACCCUGCACCCUGUAUCCACCUCGGAGCCAAGGUCUUCUACACCUUAACUUUUUGGGUGAUGUUUCGUCAGCAGCUGAAGGAGAGGCAGGAGGCGCAGAUGAUGAAGGGGGAAUCUUUAGAUGAAGUCAAAACCAUGUCACUGGAGGAAAGUCAGCCGUCACCUCUGGUGGCGUUAUUGAUCUCAGGUGUAAAAGGAAUGUUGGUGAAAUACUGGAUCCUCUUCUGCUGCUCGAUGUUCUUUGUGGUCAGCUUCUCUGGAAAGGUGGUGGUCUACAAAAUCCUCUACAUAGUUCUCUUCCUUUUCUGUGUUGUUCUCUACCAGAUCCGGUACGAUGUUUGGCGUCGGGUUUUGAAGACGUUCUGGGCAGUAGUAGUGGGUUACUCCAUGGUUGUGUUGAUAGCCGUCUACAUGUACCAGUUUAGAAGUGUAUCUGCACUUUUCAGACAGAUCAUGGGCAUGUCAGAGGACGGCCUCCGUGACCUGGGUUUGGAAAGAUACAGCACAGUGGAGCUGUUUGCGCGUAUUUUGCUUCCUGCUGCAUUCCUGUUGGCUUGUAUCCUCCAGCUGCAUUAUUUUAACUCAGACUUCCUGACUCUCACUGACCUGGACAACGUACCUGUCCGGCUGACCUCCAGAGAAGAAGAGCUCAAGACUUCAGUCGGUGUGGUAGCUGACAUCAUUAAAGAAAACAUUGAGAAGUUUCAGAAAAGACUUGUGAAGGAGCAGCUGGGAACUGCGAAAAGUCAGGACACUUUGGAUAGCAUCGACCUGCAAACCUCCUCUGAGAAAAGUGCUGAGGAGCAGGAUGAGACAGAGGGAGAGGAAAGUCAGCCAAGCAGUCGUGAGGACAAAUGGGUUUUAAUUGUGGACCAGGCGAGCCUGCUGUUCAUUCAGGCUGUGUCUGGAGUGUACAGGCUCCAGGAGCUGAUCUGGAGACUGAUGGAGCUCCACAACCUCAAAAUAGUUUCCUCUGGCAUCAUCUGGGUGUCCCUACAGGAGGUUUCCCUGAUGAACUUCCUUUUUCUGGUUCUGUGGGUGUUUGCCCUCCCGUUUCCACGGAUACGACCUUUGUCAUCCAGUAUCUCUGCUGUCUGGGCCUGUGUCAUGGUGGUGUGCAAGAUGUUUUACCAGCUCAAAGUCAUAAAACCUCUAGAUUACUCAUUCAACUGCACAGCUGGUUUGCUGUCCUCCAACAGCUCGGGGUCGAACGAUGAAGCGGAGCUGAGGGGAAACAUGGUGGAGCUACUAAGGAGGUCUAUACUCUAUAUUGAACCUGUUGACCCCGUCUACUGGUGCGGAGCGCUGCUGAAGUGUGAGGGCAGGAUCCUUCCCUGUCUGAGGAACCAUCUGAUGGUGCUGGGCUUGCUUGUAUUUGAGGCAACUGUUUAUCGACACCAGCUCUACUUCCGUCUUCAUAACGCCCUGAAGCCUCCACCCUUCAGUAUAAUCUUUCAAGGCAUCACGAGACAGCACCUUGAUCACGGCAUUCCACCCUGCAUCAAAUAUUUAAUAAACUUCGGUUUCUACAAAUUUGGACUAGAGAUCAGUUUAAUCGUGGCAGUGAAUGUAAUUGGCCAGAGGAUGGAUUUCUACGCCUUUCUCCAUUCUUGUGCCUUAAUAGCGGUGCUCUUCCGGCGACGCAGGAAAGCUAUCGGGGAAGUGUGGCCCAAGUACUGCUGCUUCACCGCUGGGCUCAUGGUUUUUCAGUAUCUGCUCUGCAUCGGCAUCCCUCCUGCUCUAUGCGUUGAUUAUCCUUGGAGAACUGCAGUUCAGCCGUUGACUUCUAAUAUCAUCAAAUGGUUCUACCUGCCUGAUUUUGCUAUGACACCCAAUCCUUCAUUCAUUUUCUAUGACCACCUCCUGCUGCUCUUCUCGUCUCUGCAGUGGCAGGUGUUCGUGGAGGAGAACCGAGCGGCCGUGAGGCUGCUUGCUGGCGACAACGUGGAGAUCAGUCGCAGUUUGGAUCCUUGCUCCUUCAAUCAGUUCAUACCCGUUGACAACUUCCUGCAUUGCAGGUCUUACCUCGACAUGGUGAAGGUGUUUGUUUUCAGCUAUUUCUUCUGGCUGGUGCUCUGCCUCAUCUUCAUCACUGGAACCACUCGGAUCAACAUCUUCUGUCUCGGCUACCUGGUGGCCUGUUUCUACUUCAUGCUGUUUGGCAGCAGUGUGCUGAUGCAGCCCGUGAAAUACAUCCUUCGACUGUGGGACUUGCUCAUCGGCUACACCUGCUUUGUGAUCGCCAUGAAGAACGUGGUGUCUCUCGGCUCUUGCGGAUACCUGGAAAUCCUGUUAAAGAACAGCUGCUGGUUAAUUCAGGCCUUCAGCAUGUUCUGCACCAUCAAAGGCUACGAUAUCCCGGAGCCUGAUGAUGAGUGUGAGCUGCCAGAGGGAGAGGCCGGCAUCUUCUGGGAUGCAAUCUGCUUCACCGUCCUCUUGGCACAAAGGAGGGUUUUCCUCAGCUACUACUUCCUCUACGUGGUGUCUGACCUCAAGUCCUCCAAGAUACUGGCCUCAAGAGGUGCUGAGCUGUUUGAAGCCAAAGUGAAGAAGCAGGUUGCAGCCAGACUGGAGGAGGAAGAGAAAUCUGUCGAGACGUUGAAGAGACAGAUGGAGAAGAUCAAAUCUAAACAGAAGGGUCGACCUGCAGCAAACGAAGUGGAAAUUGCAGGAGAUCAGGUCCAAGCAACACUGGAUGAUGAUGAGAAGGCAAAGAGAGAUGCAGGAAAAUGGUGGAAACCUUGGGUCUCUCGACCUGGAGUGGAAAACAACUGUGGCUACCACCUGUUUGAGAGUGACAGCGAAGAAGAUGAGGAGGAAGUCACUGAGAAGAAGGAGGAGGAAGAACCGCCAAAAAAGAAAUCAGCUUUCCAGUUGGCCUACAAUGCCUGGAUCACCAGCUCCAAAUCAGCUCUCAAGGACCUGAAAAAAGAGAAGAAAAACAGAAAGAAAGAGGAGACAAAGAGGGCGAAGAAGGAGCUGCAGAAGCAGCAGGGCAUUGAAAGAGCAGACUCUUCUGAGGAUGAAUUGAAUGACAGCACUGUGAUGGAAGAGGAGGAGGGGCAGGAGGAGGAGAAAGAAAACCCCCUGCAGCGCAUCGUUAACACCCUGAAGUUUGGCUUGGUUUUUCUUCAAGCGCUUAUUGACGACAUGACGGAGGGUCUGAACUCCUUCUGUAAAGACAGCCUAGACAUUUCCAAAGUGCUGUGCUUUGAGCGAGCACUACUCAACCAGCAGAAAAAGAAGGGCAAAGAAGUGAGUCAGGAGAGUGUGAAGCAGUUUUAUGUCAACUGGAUGUCCCGUCAGAAUACAAUGACAUCUCAGGAUGCCUUGGAUACCCUGCCCCCGCCCUCGACCCCACCCUCUGUCCCUUCCUCGCAUCACUUCUAUGCCAAACUGAAGAACCAAGCCUCCAAAGUAUCCUGGGGCAGCAGUUUUUCCAGCUGUAUGACGGAUGAGACGAUGCUUGGAUCCCGACAGCCGACGCAGGAGGAGCUGGAUGAACCUCCUCCUUCUCCUUCUCGGCUCAGGCCGAGGCUCCUGAAAGCGGCUCGAGUUGAGCUGAGCUCCUUCGACGCUGACGAACUCAUUCAGAGCCAUGAAGAUGCCAUCGCCGCUGAAAAGGGAGACCCUGAACAAGUGGGUGAUGAGGAGGAUGAAGGUGAGUGGAAGUCUGAGCAAGAUCCAAAGGCAGAUGAGGAAAAUGACCGACAGGAAGACCCAGAGUUGGAAAGAGAUGAACCGGAUAAGGAAAUAUGGGAAAGAGAAGAGGAUGGAUGCUUCAAAAGGGCAACCUCGCUGCGUUUCAUGGAGAGUGAUGAAGAGAAAAGUCUGGACCUCACGGGGUCUCCCAGAUCUCUGAGUGAGGAAACGAGGAAUCUCACUGCCAGCGAGCUCCUUCUCAACAACAUGUUUGAAAACGACGAGAUCGCGGACUCUGACAAGUUUUUUGUGAAGCUGCCAAGCCCCCUGAAGCUGAUGUUUGCCCUCUACAACACCAUGGUGUCCAAGUCAGAGAUGUUGUGCUACUUCGUCAUCAUCCUCAACCACAUUGUGUCAGCAUGCUUCUUGUCCCUCAUCCUGCCCAUUCUGAUAUUUCUCUGGGCGAUGCUGUCAGUGCCCCGGCCGUCCAAACGCUUCUGGAUGACGGCUAUAAUCUACACAGAACUGACUGUCGUGGUGAAGUACUUUUUCCAGUUUGGUUUCUUCCCCUGGGCCACAUCUGCUUACCGAGGCAUCAAUGCCGAACGCCCCUUCGCCUUACCCAACAUCAUUGGCAUCGAGAAGAAAGAUGGCUAUGUCCUGUUUGAUCUCAUUCAGCUGCUUGCUCUUUUCUUCCACCGAUCCAUCCUCAAGUGCCAUGGGCUGUGGGACAACAAGGAGGUCGAGAUGCCCGAUUUCUUCAAGAAGCUGAAGAAGAAAGUGGACAAAACGAAAAUGACAGGGACAGAUAAGACCAGUAGUGGCAAAUCUUCACGUCGGCUGAAGUUCCUCCCCAUCCAGGCCUCCACCACCUCCAUGUUCUGCAGGCGAAAAACAGCAGACUCAGCAGAGUCUGCCGAUGGGAAGCCAAAGAAGCGGCGCAGCAAGAAAAAGAGAUGGCAAAGAAACGCCACUCCUCUGACCAGGAAGCAGAGGAUGAGACAGCAGAUUGGAGAGAGGAUGCUGCAAGCCAAAACCACUAUCAUAGAAGUAGCUCUUCACAUCUAUCUCCCGAUAAGACAGUUCUUCUAUGACAUCAUUCACCCAGAAUACAGUCCUGUUUGUGACGUCUACGCCCUCAUGUUUGUCAUCGAUGUUGUCAACUUUAUUGUGACCAUAUAUGGAUACUCGGCUUUUGGGAAAUACUCGGCGGGCGCUGAUAUUACAGAGUCCCUGUCAGAAGACCAGGUUCCAGAGGCGUUUCUGGUCAUGCUGCUCAUGCAGUUUGGAACCAUGAUAGUGGACCGUGCUCUGUACCUGAAGAAGUCUCUGCUUGGAAAGUGUGUUUUCCAGGUGGUGCUGGUGUUCGGCAUACACUUUUGGAUGUUCUUCAUUCUCCCUGGUGUCACAGAGAGGAGGUUCAACAGGAACUCAGUGGCUCAGCUCUGGUACUUUGUAAAGUGCAUCUACUUUGGCCUGUCUGCCUACCAGAUAAAAUGUGGCUAUCCAAACCGCAUCCUGGGCAAUUUUCUCACUAAGCAUUUCAACUACCUGAACCUCUUUCUUUUCCAAGGUUUUCGGAUGGUUCCCUUCCUGACGGAGCUGAGAGCAGUGAUGGAUUGGGUUUGGACUGACACCACUCUAUCGCUCUCCAGUUGGAUAUGUGUUGAAGACAUCUAUGCUAACAUAUUUAUCCUCAAGUGCUCGAGGGAGUCUGAAAAAAAAUACCCCCACCCUCCAGGGCAGAAGAAGAAGAAGGUGGUGAAAUAUGGAAUGGGAGGGUUCAUCAUCUUCGCUCUCAUCAGCAUCAUGUGGUUUCCGCUCCUCUUCAUGUCUUUGGUUCAGUCAGCAGCCGGAGUGACCAAUCAGCCCGUGGACGUCUCCAUCCAGCUGAGCAUUGCAGGAUAUGAGCCUCUGUUCACUAUGAGCGCCCAGGAGCAGAACUUAGUUGCAUACACAGAUGCGGGAUUCAACAGACUCACCAAAAUCUAUGCUACUCAUCCAUCUGCUAUGCAGUUCCUGAUGAACUACGAAGCCGAGGACAUUGUUGUUGCUAAGAUCAAGAGUGAUGCCAGUCUGCUCUGGACCAUCAGCCCAGCCAGUCGAGCUGCCAUGAUAGAGGAACUCAGCAACUCCUCUCACAUUUACAUGACCCUUCACUGGACGCUGCUCAGGAAUGCAUCCAUAUCGAUGGUUGUGGAGGCCAUGGGAGAACAUACUGUGAAGUUUGAAGACAAGGCCCUGAUGGAUGAGCUUGUCCACAUGAUCAAAGGCAACAGCAGCAAACCUGUGAUCAUUAAUUCUCUGCUGCCAAAGUUUAUUAGAGGUCCCAAGAAACAGGAGUCCAAAAUGGCCACCAGAAUGACAGUCGAGUCGUCCGAUCGCCCAGACGUCCAGGCGCUGGCCUUCUUCAGACCAAUGUCGAUUAAACUUGAACAGGUCAAUGGGACUUCAGACAGAGAGGCAGACCAGUGGUGGGUGGUGGAGGAGUGCUCCCCUCUCCCCUCUGAACACAAAUGUCACAGCAUAGAGAUUCUGGUGUUCAAUGAUAAAGUCAGCCCCUCCAGUCUGGGCUUUCUGGCUGGACACGGCAUCGUUGGCCUGUACAUGUCAGUGGUGCUAGUGGUCGGUAAGUUUGUCAGAGAGUUCUUCAACGGCAUAUCCCGGUCCAUCAUGUUCGAGGAGCUGCCGUGUGUGGACAGAGUCCUGAAGCUCUGCACGGACAUUUUUGUGGUGCGGGAGACUGGAGAGAUGGAGCUGGAGGAGACACUGGUCGAUAAACUAAUCUUCCUUUAUCGAUCACCAGAGACAAUGAUAAAGAUGACCAGAGACAAGAAAGACGAUUAGGGCUUCAUGGGACAUCUUCUGUCAGUAUUAAGAGAAUAUUGAACUCCCGUUGUUCAAAUUGAAUGUAAUUCAAGUAACGGCAGGGUGAAUAUGAUUGGAGAAUAAUGUAGCUGCAGUUAUGAUCCUUAUUGAAGCAUACAAAUAUUGAAUCUCAAGAUUCCACAACUGAUCUUCAUGGACUGAGAAAACAUCUCAAUCAAGUCUGACAGUUUUUAUUUUCACAGAACAUUACAAGAUUUAUACCGAUUAUUUUUUCCAUUUUUAAUUAUAAGAUCACUCAAAUUCCCAGAUCCAAUGAGGGAUUUGAUUGUUUGAUGUGAGCUUACCACAAGAAAAAUAAGGUUUACAUCACCAUGACAUGUUAGAUGUUUGUCCAAACUGCUGUUAAAUGGAUAAAAGGUUCCUGCCAGAUGUUAGCCCACUGGAACAUGCAUGCUUUAAUGGUUUUGAAUUAAUGUUUUUUUUUUACUGAAGAUAGCCUGUUACCACUCCUGUAAAAUACGCCUAUCCAAGGCAUACCCAAAAUAAAUUGAAAGCUGUUCUUGAACCGUUUGAAGUA